CAAACUUAAUGCUGAACCGCUGAGACACUGGCAGAAUCCGUCACCGUGUUAACUGGAGACAACGGCCUCCACCUGGAUCCUGUUUUUCCAUGGUUACCACCGCAACCUCAACUGCCUGGAUUCCAGCCAAGUCUGCAGCUGCUGCAACUCACAGCUGCUGCUCCAAGAUGGGAAUGUGCUUGCAUCUGCUGCUUUUGCAGUACUACUUCGUCUCGAAUUUUGUGUGCAACGCCGUCGCCUUCGUUGAGGUGCCCUCCGGAGGCAGGUCGGACGGGUAUUGCGGGCGGAUUCUCCAGGCACAGACCCAGGGGACCCGGAUGGAUGGACAUCAUAAGUUCAGGCUCAGAGUGGAGGGGGACCCGGAAACCUACCAACCUGGCAGCACCUACAGAGUGGUCCUCCUGGCAACCAGCCCUGCUUAUUUCAGAGGUUUCACCCUCAUUGCACUGAAGGAGGGCAGAGAGGGCACCACAGAUGAUGACUACAUUGGCCAGUUCCAGAUCAUUGACGAGGAGGACACACAGUUCAUGACCAGCUGUCCCCCUGCAGUGACAGAGAGCACACCUCGCAGACGCACUAGGAUACAGGUGUUCUGGACAGCACCGCCUACUGGGAGUGGCUGUGUUAUACUGAAGGCCAGAAUUAUCCAGAAAAGAAUCAUCUAUUUCCAGGAAGAGGGCUCCCUCACCAUUCGGCUUUGUGAGAAAGAGCGUGUGUUUGGUGAAGCUACAGGAGCUCCUGCAAUAGAGUGCUGUGCCUGUGGAACAGCCAAGUACAGACUCACCUUCUAUGGCAACUGGUCAGAGAAGGUGCAUCCCAAAGACUAUCCAAGACGGGCCAACCACUGGUCGGCUCUGAUUGGUGCAUCCCACUCCAGAAGUUAUGUGCUGUGGGAGUAUGGUGGGUAUGCCAGUGAGGGAGUCCGUCAAGUUGCCGAGCUUGGAUCCCCCAUCAAGAUGGAAGAGGAGAUUCGACAGAAGGGAGAUGAAGUACUGACUGUCAUUAAAGCUAAGGCUCAGUGGCCAGCAUGGCAGCCACUCAACCUACGAGCAGCUCCAUCAGCAGAGUUUUCUGUGGACCGGACCCGUCACCUAAUGUCGUUCCUCACCAUGCUCGGGCCAAGUCCGGACUGGAAUGUGGGGUUGUCAGGAGAGGAUCUCUGUACCAAGGAGUGUGGCUGGGUGCAGAAGCUGGUCACAGACCUCAUUCCCUGGGAUGCAGGCACUGAUAGUGGUGUCACAUAUGAGUCGCCAAACAAGCCCACUAUCCCUCAGGAGAAGAUCCGACCACUGACCAGUUUGGACCACCCUCAGAGCCCGUUCUAUGACCCUGAGGGAGGGGCAAUUACCUCUUUGGCUAGGGUGGUAAUGGAACGCAUUGCUAGGAAGGGAGAGCAGUGUAAUGUGGUUCCAGACACCAUAGAUGACAUCGUAGCUGAUAUUGGACAGGAAGAGAAGGAGGAAGACGACAUACCAGAGACAUGUAUCUACUCAGGCUGGUCUCCCUGGUCGGCGUGUAGCAGUGCAACAUGUGAAAAAGGGCGCAGAAUGAGGCAGAGGAUGCUGAAGGCUCAGUUGGACCUUAGUGUACCAUGUCUCCACACUCAAGAUUUCCAGCCCUGCAUGGGCCCAGGAUGCAGUAUGGAAGAACCUUCAACAUGCAUGAUGUCAGAGUGGAUCAGCUGGUCAGCCUGCAGUGCGUCCUGUGGGAUGGGGAUGAGGUCCAGAGAGCGAUAUGUUAAACAGUAUCCUGAGGACGGCUCACUCUGCCAGCUCCACACCGAGGAAACAGAGAAGUGUGUUGUCAACGAUGAAUGCUCACCCAGCAGCUGUGUGGUGACUGAGUGGGGGGAGUGGGACCCCUGCAGUGUCACCUGUGGAAUGGGCAUGAAAAGACGCGAGCGCAUGGUGAAGAUGCCUCCUUUAGAUGGAUCAAUGUGUAAAACCGAGGUGGCUGAAGUGGAGAAAUGCAUGAUGCCAGAAUGCCAUACCAUCCCAUGCAUGCUGUCUCCGUGGUCAGACUGGAGUGAGUGUAGUGUGACAUGUGGGCAAGGUGUGCGAACACGUCAGAGGAUGCUGAAGUCUGAUCCUGCAGAGUGCACCGAGGAGCUAGAGCAAACGGAGAAGUGCAUGCUGCCUGAGUGUCCUGUUGACUGCAUGGUCGCAGAGUGGUCAGAGUGGUCCGAGUGCAACAAGUCCUGUGGUAAAGGACACACUAUUCGGACCCGCAUGGUCAAACUGGAGCCACAGUUUGGAGGCAGUGCUUGUCCUGAGACUAUUCAGAGGAAGAAAUGCAAGAUCAGGAAGUGCCGGACAAAAUCAAAGGAGGAGAAAGGAGGAGGUGGAGGAGGAGGAGGAGGGGGAGGAAAAAGAGGAAGGAGGAGGACACGGGCUAAACAGGGUAGAGAUGCAGCGGUGGAGGAACAGCAAGCAGGUUGCAGGAUGCAGCCGUGGAGCAGUUGGACAGACUGUACCAAACCGUGUGGAGGGGGGAUCCAGGAACGUCUCAUGAUGGUGAAGAAAAGAGCAAAGGGCACUGUGAUGGCGAGCUGUAAGGACCGUAGGGAGAUCCGUGCCUGUAAUGUUCAUUACUGCUAGGGGGCACUACUGAGCUAGAGAAGAGGUAAGGGGAGCUGAGGGUUAAAUACAUGAGAUAUGAAAAGAAGGGUUUAUUUGAUGAAGGCAAUGGGGGGACUGAUUUUUUUGUGCGCAUGUGGGUCAGGUGAGGGUGAGAUGAUGGGUUUCACAUCAAGGACAAAGAAUGGUCUGGGCAAGUAAGGGGGAGUGGAGAAAGAAAAGAAAAAGAAGAAGGUGAUUCACUGUUUAGUGAAGCCAUUGUAGACUCUUAGUUAACAGGGCUGACUUUUACUUUAGACCACAGUGGAAGUAUUAGAGUCAUAUCUGUGUCCUGCAAAAAAAAACUAAAUAAAUCUUUUCAAGAAUUUGAGUGAAAAAAACAAUUUAACUAGCUUUCCCAUUAACACAAACUUUCCUGUUUUCUGAGAAAAAUAACCAAGAAAAACCUGUAAUUUCUGGAUUUCCAGUUUAUUAGAUUUAGCAGUUCCAUCUGAUUCGAAUUCAUUAUGAUUUACAAUAAUCUGUAAAUGAAAACUAUGCAGACAUGACAUUUCAGCUAUCUUUAUCAGACAGGCAGGAUGGAGGCUUCCUGAGGUGCAGUGAUGUGUACGAAUCAUAUACCCACCUCUGUGCAGGGGGAUUUACAAGAUACCUAGCGAGAAAUAUGUUUCAUUGUACUUUUUGCAAAAGAAAAAUCAUGUUAAUGAUUAGCAUGAUUUGCCUUUAAUGUUCUUUCAUGUCAUCUGUGGUGUUUACUUCACUUAAGACACAUAUGCUCUCUUACUUUAGCCUUUAAAGCAGAAAACAUGCCUUUAAAGUGGCACCAAGCAUGUCUCUUUCCUUGCUGUUGUUCCAUAACCUGCAAGCUUAGUGGUGGGAUAUUAAGUAGAUUAGAUGGUUACUGUUAAAACACAAGUAACAAGCUAAUGGGGCUCACAUACAGUGUGUGCCAAUGACAGUGACAGCAGUUACAAGCCACAGUUAGUAGAGCUACAAGAUAUCCAUAAAGAGACAAUGAGAAGCACAUAAUGUUCACAACAUUACGCCAAUGACCACUCUGAUCCAUAGUAGAACUGAACUACAAAAAAGUCAAUACUCAAGUAAAGCAGCCACAAUUUACCCUCUUACCAACACACCACUACAGCACCAGCAGCUCCAUCCCAAAUUCAGUGCAUUCAAUAGGCGAGGCACUGGGUGCAGAAGAUUGCCCUAACAUUACAAACAAAAAGUUUUUGUUUGUUUGUUUGUUUGUUUGUUUGUUUUUUGCAAGACAUAGAUGCUCAUGUCUCUACAGUCUUAUGGAUGUACUGUAUAUCUACUAUCUAACCAACACUUAUAAAUGACACUAAAUGUAAUUACUAAAAACACUUUCCCUAUUAAACAGAUACAUACAUUUAAAUGGAGAUGUUUUAUACUGUUAAAACUAGUCUUUAUAUACUGUACUGCUGUUUAUUUGUUUCAGCUGAUGUAGCAUUAAACCUGCAAUAGCUCUCAGUCUGUCAGGAAAUCUUAGUUUAGCAUGUGUAAAAAUGAUUGUUUUGGUUGAACAAUGUGCUUUAUCAACCAUAGAUAUUGUCUUAAAACAGAUAGCUAAAAUGGCUGUAUUGGCCCCUGCUAGUUCCUGAAAGCACCAAUAGGUGGAGCCUUAGAAGUGUCACAUCUUACACAUGGGCUGUGCUGCACUGGUGCACAGUUCUGAUUGCAAAAGAAAUUGUAUGGGAAACAAUAUAGAUGUUUCUGCACUAUUAAAAUCUGUAGGACAGCUAAACAUACAGACUGUUACUGGGGCCUUGGUUACAUUAUUUCCAUGUAUUGUUUUUAUUGCGCUUUUCAUUUGUAUUUCCAAGAUGACAGUGAUUUUUCUGUUUUUCUGUUUUAAUAAGACUGUCGUCACCAAAGUUCUGUGUAGAUUUUCUGUAGAUCUCUGACUUUCUUGUUUUCAGGCCUCUUCUUUUGUUUCUUUGCCUCUGUAUCAUGUGACUAUUUUAUAAGAAACCACCUUUCAAUAAAAAAUGUAAAUGUGAAAAUCA